CAGGGUGGAAGUCCGUCGAACCUAGUGGACGAUAUCCACGAGAUAAUCCGGAAGGAGUCGGAGCGAGAACGAACAGGAUGCUCUGUGUCGUCGAGUCGGGGUGGGUCUUACUCUCCGUACACGCGACGAGCUCUCGGAAUGAGCAACAGUCCCAACACGUCACCCAACAACACCCACCACCAGCACCCGUCACUUUCUGGACGCCGUGGUUGUUAUGGCAAGGAGAACAGUGGUUGUUCGCCGCCUAUUAAACGUGCCCGCAAGUCGCUCACUGAAUCGUUGUCUUCGCCGGAGCCCAAGCACCUUGUUGAUCUUCAGUUUCCGCCCAUCUUGACGCCGGAAACUCCGAGUCGGAGCUUUGAUUUGGGGCGUGAUGGAGAAUUCACUCCGACUGCACUCCUUUUGAAAGACAACGUAGGAUUUUUGCUGGAUUCUUCUGGUCCGUCACCGAUGACUGGAUUACCUUCUUCUGCGAGAAGAUUCGAUCAGAUGCUUCAAAGACAAGCUGUUUCCUAUGGCCAUCAGAGAACUCAGUCUGUGCAUGGAGAACACCAUGACCCCAAUCAGCAGCAGAAAGCUCGGGUUUCCUCACCACACUGGCCGCAUCUGGCGUCGCGGAGUCUGCUUGGGUUAGCAGGUGUGGGUUGCACGGCCUUGUACGAGCUCGAAUCUCUAAAGCAGCGAUGCUUGUUGCCGAGGCAAUUGAGUCGGGAUUUCUGA